AUGGCUGAAGGUGCACUGGACCCUCCUCUCUCCACCUUUCCCCCUUCCCCUUCUGCCCCAUCCCCUCACCCACGUUGCCCCUGUUCCCUUUUCUCCCAUCCAUUGCCCCACUACUCCCCCAACGACUAUGUGCUCAAGAGCCUACUAGGAGAGAUGGCAGAAGGAGCACUGGACCCUCCUCUCUCCACCUUCCCCUCCUCCCCCUCCUCAGCCUCCUCAGCCUCCUCAGCCUCUACUGCCCCCUCUUCCUCUCACCUCACGAGCUUGGCUCGAGAUGGCCUGGGCGGUGCUGGGGGCACAGCAGCAGGCAUGGCAGGGGGUGGGUCAGCAGGCAUGGCAGGGGGUGGAGCAACGAGAGAAGACGAGUGCGAUAAAGAUGCUCUUGGUGUUGGGAGCGGGUCAGAUGGAAGAGUAGGAGGAGGAGGAGGAGGAGGAGGAGGAGGAGGAGGAGGAGGAGGAGGAGGAGGAGGAGGAGGAGGAGGAGGAGGAGGAGGAGGAGGAGGGGAGGGAGGAGAGGAGGACGGGAGGAUGGCUGAGGGCUUGACCAAGCUUGACCUCCACGGCCUCUCUCGGGCCGAGGCACGCACAGCAGUGCUGUCUGUGCUGCGCCUGCUCAAGGAGACCUUCCAGCGCUCAGGAGGUGAGUGA